AUGGCCAAGCUCCACAUCCCUCUGCCGACCUCACCCUCCUGCUCCCCUUACCAGCCUGGACAGGUGCGUCUGCCCCCCUCUGACUUCCGUCCAGGCCGCGGUACGGGUCGUCGCCAUCGCAUGCUGCUGUGGGAGAAGUCCACAUUUACUGGCCGAUUCCGGAAGUUGGUCAUCCCAGCAGAGUCACCCGACAAGAAGUUCGUCCUGCUUGUUGGUGACUCCCACCUUCGGGCCAUCGCCGACGGGUUUGUGAGGAUGCCAGACCAACUGCUGUCCUUUGGCGUCCUGUCCGUCCCUGGGGCGUCGGCAGUUGAGUUGCGUACUGAGGUACUGAAUGCUGUGCUGCCUCGCUCACCCGAGGCAGUCUGCAUUUUAGCACCCAGUAACGACUUGACUGCCAGCAGGACCAUCACUGAGGCAGGGGUCGCGUUUGGUAAGCUCCUGCUGACUGCCUGUGCUAUCUGGCCCAACGUCUGUGUUCUGGACUUCCCUCCCCGUCUGACCGUGGAGCUGGCCCUGCAGGACCUUCUGCGCCAGGAGUACCACCGUGUGGCUGCACGUAUGGGUGUCAGGUACGUCUCUGCCACCGACCGCUUUCCGCUGACACAACUUGACCUGUGGUGUCCUGACGGUGUCCACCUCAGUGACGACGGGAUGGUGAGGCUUGCGGAGUUGCUGCGGUGGGCCCCUUACCAGCAGCUGCUGGAGUCCACAGUCCCGAGGGCCCAGACACCUCCCAGGACGCCGCCUCCUGCCAGACGUGUCUCACCAAAAGUGGUUGUGAAGGGCGUGGUCACCGCGCCACGUCCAUCCAGCCCUUUUGAGUGGACAUGUGUUGGGCAGACCAAGAAGAUGGACCAGCCAGCGGAGCCUGCACAGCAUGUGGACGUGGGGGUGCAUCCAAUCCCGCUAAAUCCUGUGUGGUUUAGUCCGGCGAUCUUGGAUGUGAUGGAGAAGGCCGUUCCAGCCCACCUUCCCAGUGCUGUGGAGUGCGCAGCUCGUCCGGACGGCAGGAAGAAGUCGACCGUGGAGCGCCAGGAGAGACGUGAUGCCUCCAAGAGGACACCGCAGAAGCAGCAGGUGGAGGCACCGCCCGUGGAGGAGUCCUCCAAGCCAGCGCCUCGCAGUCCUAGGAGAGCGGUGGUGACUGAGGAGCCUGGUGCGUCUGGCCCUGCCCAGCCACAGGAGUCCACCUUCCAGGAACGUCCCAGCCAGGAUCCUGCCGUCGGUCCGAGCCAUCGCACUCAAUCGGUGAGGGCGUCGCAUUCCCAGAAGGAUAAGAGGGCAGAGACCGGAAGCUGAAGCACCAAGAGGCUAGGACUAGCCUGCGUGCCAACGUAAUGGGCGGGCUGAGUCUAAACCAUGGUGCUGCCCCAACAGUUUUUGCCCAAUCAGAAAGUUGCACAUUCAUAUUAUAAAACUCUGUGUAAAAGUAAGUUAGGCAUCCUUUUCUGGGAGGUGGUUACAACUAACCUGUGAUUUCUGAACAGAGAUGGUCGAUGUACAUCAUUUACUCUUUCAUUAUUGUCUUAAAUAAAUAGUCAAAAGGAUUUUACUCUCCUCUCAUCUGUUCUGCAAAAAAACGAACUCUAACAGUGUGCAUGAACUCUUCAAGAAAACAAACACAAUCCUCUAUCAAGUAUGUCAUCACAAUCAUCCGGCAGUAGUCCCGUGGCACUCCAAAAUUUCCCUGGAAUUUUGUUU